AUGUCCAGACCUCUGGCAGGACCCAGCCCCCUCGCAGGCGGCAUGCCACGCGCAGGCCCGUCGCCGCGCGCAGGUCCGUCACCCCUCUCCGGCCCAUCACCCCGUCCCGUCGUCGCCCCCAGCCCACGGCAAAUGUCGGCGCCGUCGCCGGCGGCCGGUCGAGCCCGUGGACUACCAACCCCAACUCGCCCAUCACCUGCUGCCCUCCCCGGCCCAACAGGCGGUCCUGGGAGCCCAUCUGUCGCUGGUCCCAGUCUCAAGCGUCGUGAUACGGGUACCGGCAAGGAUGGCAAGGACUCUCCGGCCGCCAAGAGGACCAAGCUGUCGCCAGGGGCGGCCUGGAUUGCGGCUCAGGUCGACGUGAUGCAGAGACAAUACAAGAACGCUCUCGUCACAGCAGCAAUGAUUUGCCAGUUCCAAGCCGACUGCAAAGCAAUUGGGUACAGGCCCAAACCACCACGCCGACUCGAGGUCCGACUCGAAGCCGCUUGGCGCAACUAUGAUGCGACACGGCGACAUGUCGAGUGGUUCAUCAGCCAGAACCAAGAGUAUGCCGCUGCGCCGGACAAGUUUGCCCCUCGCCGGCCCCCGCCGCUGGCCCCGGCCCCGAUCCCGACGCCCUCGCCAGCGGUGACGACCGUGCCGACCCACCUCGCGGCUCUGCCAGUGGCGAGCCCCAUCCCCCUAUCGUCCGCCUCGUUCCUCGCCGACCGGCCACAGCCACAGAUGGUCCCGCAGACGGCGCAAGCUGACGGCGGACUGGACGGACUGUUCCCGGAGGGCUUGGAUCUGAACGGUCUUGGAAUGGACGAGCUCAAUGCCAUCAUUGCAGGUGGCAGCGAGUUUUCGGGUGACCUCAAUGCGCUCGGCCUUGGAGGAGCAGGAGGGAGCGGAGGCGCGGAUGGAAGUGGCAUGACGCCAAAUACAUCCAAGAUGUUGGAAACGAUGGGCGCGAGUCAGAACCAGAACCAACAGCAACACCAACAGCAGCAACCACCACCACAACAGCUGCAACAACAGUUGCAACAACAGCAGCAGCAGCAACAGCAACAACAGCAACAACAGCAACAGCAGCAACAGCAGCAACAGCAGCAACAACAACAGCCACAGCCUGUCCAGAACAUGAACGCCGUAGCGUCCGGUUCAACAUCAACACAGCCACAGGCGCCCAUUCCCACCGCACAGGACGCAGGGAUGUUUGACUUCAACUUUGGCGACACGGAUGGAGUGGACCUCAACAACCUCGACUUCAGCGCCCUCGAGGGCCUAUUUGGAGACGAUGGCAGCGGCGGCGGAGACACGGACAUGAGCUCCUUCGGGGCUCUGCUUGCAGGCGGUGCCGGCGGAGAGCAGCAACAGGAGCAGAAGCCGGAAGUCAAGAUGGAGCCUCCCAAGGUCGAGCAACCUCAGCCUCAGCCUAUAGAGCAAAAGGUCGAGGUCAAGGAGCAGCCUGCUCCCCCACCUCCCGAGCCUGUACCUGCCCCCGUCGAGCCUGUACCUGUCCCACAGCCAGCCCCCGUUGUCGAGGCACCACCACCGCCGCCGCCGCCGGUUCCCGAGCCUGCGCCAGAGCCUGCACCACAGCCUGUGGCUGAGGUUGUGCCCGAGCCCCAGCCCGACUUGGACAACUAUGGCGGAGGAGACAUGGGUGGAGAGUUCACCAGUGACCUCAACUUUGACGACUUCAACUUUGACCAGAUGCCCAACGUCGACGGCGACGAGUUUGCAAGUCUGUUCGCCGAGUUCAAGUAA